CUCGUCGUCGUCCCACCAUAUCUUGCGCUCCCUUGCACCGUCUUUUACUCUACUUCAAUUCUUGAGAGUCUGUCCAGGCACCGCACACUCUGUCGUAAAGAGCGGGGGACCAGAGGAACAGGCAGAGUCCCCCAUCACGCCAAGAAGAGAGCCAAAUCGACGGGGGGUGGGAAGCAGAAGCAACGUUGCAAGGAUGGAGCGGCCGGCGUCGUCGUUGUCGAUGCAGAGCAGCGGCAGCAGCAGUCGCGCGCCGACGUUGAUCGACGGCGAUCGAGGCGAGCAGCGGCACAACGAUGAAAUGUACCUGCCCACGCAGCUGGGUCCCAGGCCGCGGAGCCGCAAGGGAGGCGGGACUGGGCAGCGGAGUGCGAGCAUCUCGUCCGCUUCAAUCACCGGCUCCGUCUUGGACGCGCAGACGGCCCCUGCUCCUCCCGAGGACCAGACGGGUUCGUCGAAACACAUCGACAAGGAGGAGGAUGUAGUAGGAGCCACCGCUGGAAAUGGACACGCAGCAGCAGGGCAGGAUGCUGAUGUCGCUGCGCCAUCGAACGAGGAAAAGGGACCAAACGCCGAAGCUUUGGCGGAGAAGGGCGGGGAGGAAUCCAGAAGGGUGGGAAGUACAGACGCAGACGAGGGCGGUGAUGGACUGGCCAAGAAAGAAGCAGCUGAAGAGGCGGGCAUCAACGAGUCGGCGCAACCAGAAGGCGCGAAAACAGCCGAGGCUACAGAGGCGCCAGAGACUGCAGCGACGUCAGAUGUGCCAAAGGAGGUCGAGGCAGUAGAAGGAGCAGACGCAGUAAGGGAUGCAGAGGCACCAGGGAUGACCGAGGCAGUGACAGAAGCGCAGGAAACCAAGCCAACAGAGACGGCGGAGGCUACAAAGGUGACGAUGGCGGCAGAGACAGCUGCGACAACAGAGGCAGAGAAAGCAACGCCUCUGUCCGCGGCAUCACAGCAGGAGAAGGGGAAGGCAAAGGAGGAGCAGGCCGAAGCGAACCGGAGCAGAAGCCCGUCGCCACCACCGGUCCCUCCCAAAUCGCCACGCCACCUGCCCCAAGAGACUCUUCGAUAUACGCUCCCUAUUGGCGGCUAUUCGCGGCCCUCGCUGCUCCUGAACCGGUCCAGCUCCUCUGUACACCCAAGAGCGACAGCGACAAGCAUCAAGAGCAGCAACAGCAGCGUCGCCAUCAACAGCCAACAUGCUGGUCCGUCGUCGUCGUCGUCGUCGAAACAGGCUCGUGUGGCUUCGCUCUCCUCCGUCUCGCUGCCGUCGGUGUCUGCUUCCAGGCCAGCCCCAGUCACAGUAUCGUCGUCGUCGUCAUUGCUGUCGAUUACGCCUGCUCUGGCACCCGCUCUCGCGCUCACCCUUUCAGCGCCGGACGAAGUGGCCGAGGUGGACGAGACUUCGGCUGCUGCAGCCCUCAUCACUCGCACGCCCAGCGCCAGCUCCAACCGGACCGCUCGGCCCGGCGAUGCCACCCCCUCUGCUGUGCCUGAACCGGGCGAGGGCGUUGCGACAGCCGACAAGGCUCCUUCAUCGACGCUGCAGCUGAUCGAUCUCCGCGCAGAUGGCCAAGCUCUGACCGCGCCCUCGUCCACUGACCGACUCGAUGAGCAGGCGACGGCCGACUCGCUACCGAGACCGAAGCUGGCAAGGCCAAAGAGCACGGGCAACCUCGAGGUGGAUUCCGACAUGGCCAGCCAGCGCAGACCGCUGGUUAAGACGCGGCCGCAUGCCAAGUCGCUACUCAUGGUGGAUGGUCAGAUGUUCCUCUUGGACGGCGAAGAGGAGAGUCGGGAGCCAAGUGCGAGUCAGAAGGCCAACGGCGACAACCAACAGGCCGCAGGCGUGAUCGCUUCUUCUCGGGACCGGGGACAGCAAGACGAGGCAGAGACAGGGAGGCAGAGGGAAAGGACGAUGGACUCGUCAGAGGACAGCAACGCAUCGGCAGGUUUCAGCGAGUGGAAGCGCGGCCAUCCUCACGACUCGACCGGGCCGAGCUCUCUGGGCUCGGAUGCCUUGCUCAUCGCCUCUUCUUCUUCGACCAAGCUUGCUCAAGCUCAGCCCCAGUCUCCGGCGCAGAUCCAGAAGCAGGCGACGCAGGCCAGGGAAGCAGCAGGAGAGCAUGGUGAUACUGACAACGAGGAGCACGACGACUACUUUGAUGCAAAUGAGGUGCAGCAGGAUGACGAGGAUGACGAUGCACCACCAGGCGCCUAUGCGAUCCAUCCUCCUUCCCGUGCGCGCCUGGCCGAAGCGGCCAAGCUGCCUCUGUACGAUGCAGAGGGCCGCGUGUGCCAAUUUGGCGACAUCUUCAUCCGGCAGCGCACCCUCGUCGUCUUCCUUCGCCACUGGUUCUGCCCCUUUUGCCAGAUGUUCAGCCAGUCGAUCCAGCACAUCGAUCCCCUUCCACUCCAACGAGCCAACUUGGGUCUCGUUGUCGUCGGACAGGGCCACUGGCACGUCACAAAGAGCUACAUGGACGUCAUGAAUGUGCCCAAGUGGGUCAAGGCGUACUCUGACCCGAGCAGAAACAUCUACACGGCCCUGGGAAUGACGCUGAGGACCAACGACAUGGGCCCGGCGAGCACCAGGCCAGACUAUCAGACAAAGAGCAUGCUCAAAGCCUCCUUGUCUGCCAUGAAGAAGGGUGUCUUCGAUAUGCCACUGCGCCCGCCUGGCGAUCUCAAGCUGCUCGGUGGCGAAUUUAUUCUGGGCCCUGGCUUGCAGUGCUCCUUCACCCACCGCAUGGUAACAACGAGGGGCCAUCUCGACCUUCCACGGAUCCUGGUUCAAGCGGGAUGUGAUCUCAGUCUCAAGUCGGCCAAGGCCGUGGGCGAAGAGGACGGCGAGAGCAGUCGAGGUGCUGCACAGAGCACGCGGUCUGCCGAUCGAACGCACGCUCGGAGGUUGGGCGCUGGUCUCAGGUUCCCGUCGCGAAAGAAGAUGCAGCAGCUGCAACAAGAGCGGCAGAGAGAGGCUCGGCCUGCGUUGAUGAGCUCCGAGUCGGUGCAAGACUUCAAUGCGUCCGCAGAUGGUGGGCAUGAAAGGAACUUUUCGCUCAGCAGGGGCGCCAGGACAUUGCCGAUCAAGAGCGUAUUCAGGUCCAGGCCGCCGACGGCAGGGACGACGGCCUCUUCUUCGUCAAGAAUGAGCGGGGCUGGCGGCCGUUUCCGCACAAAGAGCACCUCGUCGGCAGCCGCUAUCGCUGCUGCUGCACGGUCGCGCGACACUCACGCCAAGAGCGCCAGCAACGGAGCUGAAAUGGUGGACGAGUCAGCGACUACGACGUCGCCAAGGACGGAGAUUGUCGAGAUCCGACCCACUGCCUCGUCAAAUGCGGCCAUGGGCACCACGGAGAGGCUCGCUUCAAAGGCACGUCUAGCCCUGCCCUUCUCAUGGUCCAAGGGAGCGGCGCCAAGGGAUCUCGACGUCACCCUGAGGUCCCGCAGGACCGUGAGCAGCGGCAACGCCCAUCUCGGCGACGCGCCAGGGCAGCCAAGCUUUCCAGUGGACUCACAGACGAGGCCGACAUCGUCUGCUUCAACAACAGCCGCGCGCGACACCGUUCGGCCCCCUCUUCCCACAUCGUCUUCGAGCCAGGCAUACCUUUCCGCCGCCGCACGGUUUCACCUGUCCCCAACUCGGCCCAGGCGCAACCCAACAAACGCGAACUCCCACUCUUCGUCCUUGGCGGGCGUGCAUCGCAACAGUCGCAAUGGUCUCAACGACCGCUCAAAGAGCAUGGCCAACUUGUCUGAUCUGCCGACGGGCUUCGUUACCCGCAUCGAUGAUGAGACCUUCAACGUCUCCAAGACCGGCGGCAUUAGUAGCCUUUCCGUGCUCAGCAAGAAGGCGUCCAAGUCUGUGUCGUCGCUCAAGGACGUUCAGUCAUUGCGACCCUUUCACACCUCCGCUGUGCCCGUGUCGAGGUCCAAGUCUCAGACGACGCGUGUUGGUGGACCGAGCGGCCGUGAAGACAUUCGCCCCCGUCCGGCGACUACCACGGCGGCGACGACGACGACAAGCACCACCACGAGCGACAACAACAAGGGUCUUGGAAUCGACGAUGUUCCAGACUUUGAUGAGAGGGACCGUGCGUCGUUCGACGAUGCCGCCGAUCCGCCGGCGAGGAAGAAGGCGAGCAACGAUGUGGCUGUGACGCUGCCCUUUCGCCAGCAUGCGCAUCGGCGCCAGACCUCGACAUCUUCGUUGCCUGCCUCGGCUUCCGAAGGACACGAAGCUGCUGAUGCAUCCUCGUCAACAUCUCCAGUCGUGCCUUCCCCGCCGCAGCCGCCGGCACCGCAAGUGCAAGCGGCCGUGUCGGCAGCCCUGAAUGCAGCGAAGAAGAGCAGUGCCAUGGGAGGCGUUCCCCUCUCUCUGUUCGAGAAGCGCAUUCUGACGUCGGGUCAUCGAUUCGAAGACACCAGCCCGCGCGCAGCCAGGGACUCGUCGCCCUCGUUUCCGACGGCGACAUCGAGCCCAGCGGCCGCAGCUCCUUCGUCUCCGUCAUCAACAGCAGCAAAUGGAUCGGCCGCCUCGGAAGCACCGGCUGCCAAGGUUCCGCUCUCGCAGCAAAUCAGGACUGGCAGGAUGUUCGAUGACCUCGGCGAAGACACUGACUACAAGCGCCUUGACCGGCGCCAGCUCGAGCCUGUGAGCCCGCCAAGAAUGACACCGAGCCCGGAACCAAUGCAAAUGCUGCGCAUGGUCGAGCCGGUGCCAGUAUCUCAAGCGAGACAGGAGCCACCGGCACCAGCACGAGCAACGACCACAGACGGGCCGGGUCCCAAUGGGGCAACACCGCUGGCCGAUGUCGUCAGGGCCGAAGACGUAAGGCCGGCUCACCAGGAAAAGAAAGAACGCGGAGUCGAGUCCGAGGUACAGCAGCUUGGACCCUCGGCUGUAUUGCAGUCAGGGUCUCGAGACGCUGGACAUGUCGAUGCACCUCGACAACAGUCGCCAGGGGAGGACGAAGCCAAAGAGGAACUGAGCGGCAUGGAGGAGGACGAGGACUAUGACGAAGACGAGACGGAUGAAGAGGGACGUCAAUUGGCGAAGGAGCUCCAGACGGCAGAAGUCAUGGAGAGGCGAAUCGAGUCGCUCCCGGCGUCUCCGGUUGCCAAAAAGGGCCUUCCAAGGCAUGACCAUACUCCCUCCGCUCUUGCCGAUCCUGUGCUACCGCCACUUGGAUUUGGAGGCAGCGCCGGUGGUGGCGGUUCCUUCUUGGAUGACCUCGAGGUCAUUGAUGGUUUCCAGCGUCGGGCAGGCGGAGGCACAGACUCGUCCGACGCGAGGUCGCGGACGAUGACGUCUUCCUCCUCGGACUCGUCUCCUGAAUACGAUGACGACGAGGACGAGGACGCGGAGGGCUAUGCUGGCGACUAUGCCCCGAUCAGAGCGUCCAAUUCUGCGCCGAUUGAGUCAUCUUCCGGCAACCGCCAAACCUCGACGAACGGUCACUCAUCUCGAUUGUCUAGCAACGAUGAAGAGGAGGCCUAUUCAGACGACGAAGAAGUGUAUCGCACGAGGAGCCGGCAGGGACGGUCUGCCUCGCAAGACUACUAUUCCGACGAAGAUGACGUGACGUCGUCUCGGUCGACGCCGUCUCCCUCGAUGAAGAGGCCAUCGACUGCGCCGGCCUCUUCGAAUGCGACCUCCGCCAAGACGGCAGCGAGUCAGAGGUACAACCGGACAAACAAGAACCGUAUCGGAGGAAUGGGUAACCAUCACCUGUACAAGCCGAGCAGCAUGACGCGCAUCGCAGCAGGCGGCUCAAGGCCUUUGAGCGCCUUCUUGGAAGAAGAGGAGGAGGAUGUUGAAGAUGCGCAGGCCGGUCCAGGGACGCCAAAGGGCAGGACAGCGGCGUUGCCAUAGAGGACGGGCUGCAUUGCCCUGUGUAAAAGUACUGUACCCUUUCAUCCAUUCAUUUACUUGCUCCAUUCAUUCAAUGAUUCACACUUUUGGAUCCACAUCUGUCAAAUGGAACGCUUUCAC